AUGUGUGGUUCAGAUAUCUUCCUGGGCAUCCUCGCCAUCUUCUUCCCCCCCGUUUCAGUAUGGAUCAAAGUAGGCAUCUGCACAGCUGACUCGAUCAUUAACCUCGCUCUUUGCUGCCUCGGCUACGUGCCGGGCCUGCUCCAUGCCUGGUACAUCAUCCUCAAACACCCCGAGCCGGAUUAUGACGACCCAAGCUACGAGCCCGUCCCCGGUGGUCCUGCUCGGGGCAGGGACGUGGAAAACGGUCGCGUGACAUACUACUACGUUUCGCACCAACCGGGCCAACAACCACCUCCCAGAGCCUACGGCACGCUGGGAUCGCAAAAUCAAGCCCAGACAGCCCAGGACGGCCGCCAGGCCGCUCCUAAGCCGCAGCACGGCCACGCCGCCGAGGGUGGAAGUAGCAGUCAGUCGCAUGAUGAUUCUCGGCCCCCACCGACAUAUGCGGAAGCAGUGAAGGGAGACAAUAAAGUACAGAGCGAUGAUUGA